UUCAAUUCUUUCUGCCUUCUUGACAUUCAUGCUUUCCCGUCGUGUUUCUGCCCAUACUCGCGGGCAUUAGUGUACAACUACCCCAACUACUUUGUUUUAUUCUUCUUUUUAAUACGCAAAUUCUCUUCUAAUGCGAUUUUGAGCUUGAUUCACUCCAGCGAGCAGCCGCCCCAACUGCCUCGACCUCACACUCCUUUCCCGUUGUGCCCGCGCAACCCACACUAAAACCAACAAAAUGCUGUCCAGGUCACGUCCCUGCCAGCGCAGCCUGGCCCUUAGGCAGCUCGCAGCUCGAAAACUUCCUCGAAGUCAAGUCACAAGCUUCCGGUCGGCUUCAGCAAAGCCGCCAUCUCUCGCAGCCACCACAACCGAAGCUCAACAACAAUGGAGGACAGGCGGUGCUCACGAGUGCAGCUCUCGAACCCGGGGAUUCGCGACAGCUGUGGAUGAUAUGAGGUUUGACGGCGCACCCAAGUCACAUUACUCGAUGCCUCCACCUAGCGUUCGACCGACAAACGCGUUAUACCAGACUCAACCUUUGGCUGGCGCGAACGUGCUCAGAUUGCCUGAGAUAAUGGCGCCCAAUAUGCCGAAACUGUAUCAAAAAGGAACCAUUCCCGGUGACUUGGCAGAAAUGUUUGCAGUCUUGGACGCUUGUUUGACUAUAGGAAAGCUUGACCGCGCUGGCGUCGUCCUCAGGCGCCUGAGCUCUCCCCAGCUGAGCAUGAUUGACCGUACCGACCUCAUGGCACUACACAACAUGUACCUACACGUCGCUGUCGAGCAGCUAGCUGCAAGUCCCAGUGAGGCCAAGGCAGAACAUAUUCAGCAGUGGUACGAAACAGAGAUCCGCAAGGCAGAACUGCCGCAAACGCCCGAAACCAUUGCAUACGUGCUCAAGGCUGCCCUCCUUGGGGCACCCAACGAAGAAGACUGGAGGUUACGAAGAACAGUCACCAGAUAUAUGGCCAUGGCCGAAGGGGAUGCCGGGCUGGAGGUGCUCUACAUGACAGAUAUUCUCACCGACAAGGACCGCGCCUUCAUUACCAAGGUCUGUCCUACAUACAACAUUACUAUCGAGGAAGCAAAGUCGGAUAUGCCACCCGAGCCUUCUUCUAUCGAGACAGAAGAUAUCAAGACACCUGAUCCUAUCAAUCUCGCAUUCCCCGAGGUCCUUCCUACUCCUCAAAAAGGAACAGGUCUCAAAACGGUCAAACGCACUCUAUCUCUCUUCGGAGAGAUACCGCAGGGCUACAGGAUUAGAGAUCUUCCGUUGCCACAACAGCGAGAGAUACAAAUGCGCUUGGAGCGAGACACUGUUGACGCAGCCCUCGAUAAAUGGCGUGAGGAUAACCAAGCGUUGAACAAGAUGGGACUCAAUACAUCAAUCAACUCAUCAGUGUUGAAUGCGCGGCUGUACGACUGGCAGGUUGCUCUUGAGGCGCGAUUGAAAGAGUACAUGGUUGAAGCGGAAAAUGAUGAUGGGACAGCCAAGGUGGUAAAAGAUGAGGCGGAACGCGCCCUUGUCAGACCUUUCAUGCGCCAAAGUACAGCUUCACGACUGGCUGCCAUCACUAUCUUGAGUGUCAUGAGCUCUCUGGCUAUACAUGGAGCAGACAAAGGCGUGCCCAUCCUCCAAACUAUCACAGGCCUCGCACGAUCCGCAGAAGAAGAUGUUAUAGCCUUCCAACGCAAUCUCAGGCAGAAGAGGGAAAAGUCAUUGCGGAAGAUCAAGUUCGCCCGAGCCGAGGGAGCAAAAGCCCUGCCUGGCUCGAAUAGUACCGACCCUACCCUUCGCAUCGAAGACAUCUACAACGUCAACCCAGAGGCGCCAGAACGCUGGCCUACGCAAAUAAGGCUAUCGCUCGCCUCUGUGUUACUUGGCGCACUAGUUGAUAUCGCGGCCAUCACGGUGACAAAGGAGCAUCCCCAAACCAAGAAGAAAAUUUCGGCCGAGCAGCCGGCUUUCAUGCGCAGUGUUCAGUUCAGAAAAGGCAAGAAAUCUGGUAUACUCGUUCCCCAUAAGGAACUUGUACAACUUAUGCUGCGCGAGCCACGGAAGGAAUUCCUCGCGCGUCACUUGCCAAUGGUUUGCGAGCCCGAGCCUUGGACGAGAAUCGAAAAGGGUGGAUAUCUCGAGCAGCCCACUGGCCUUGUUCGCAUCAAGCGUGGCGAGAAGGACCAGAAGAUCUACGCCGAGGCGGCAAUGGCGAGAGGUGAUAUGGAGCAAGUGGCCAAGGGACUUGACGCGCUUGGCAGGGUCGGUUGGAGGAUUAACAAGCCGGUGCUGGAUGUGAUCUUGCAAGUUUGGAACUCGGGCGAGGGUAUCGGCGGUAUACCUCCCCUGAGUGUCAACAUUGAGGUCCCUGAAGAGCCAUUACCUUCCGAAGAUCCGCUUGUGCGCGUCAAGUGGAUCAGGGAACUCAAAAGAGUCGAGAAUCUCAAGGCAUCUUAUCAUUCUCAGCGAUGCUUUACCAACUUCCAGCUCGAGAUCGCUCGCGCAUACAGAGACCAGACAAUGUACUUCCCGCACAAUGUCGACUUUAGAGGCCGAGCAUACCCUAUACCUAUAUACCUCAACCACAUGGGCGCGGAUCUUUGUAGGUCCAUGUUGCUUUUCGACAAAGGAAAGCCCCUGGGAGAAGAUGGGAUCCACUGGCUGAAGGUUCAUCUAGCCAACGUCUAUGGGUUCGACAAGGCAAGCCUCAGCGAGCGUGCUCAGUUUGCUGUGGAUCACAUGGAGGACAUUGUCGAUUCGGCAACUAAUCCAUUGUCAGGGAAGCGUUGGUGGCUGGAUGCGGAGGACCCAUGGCAGUGUCUGGCUACGUGUAAGGAGUUGAAGGCUGCCUUCGACCUGCCCGACCCGACGCAGUACGAGUGCCAUCUCCCAGUCCACCAGGAUGGCACCUGCAACGGGCUUCAGCACUACGCAGCGCUUGGUGGUGAUUCAUGGGGAGCUCGCCAGGUCAACCUGGAGCCAGGCGAUCGCCCUGCCGAUGUGUACAGCGCAGUGGCGGACCUUGUCAUCAAGAGCGUCGAAGAAGACAUGGCCAAUGGUAGCGAAUAUGCCGCGGCUCUCCAGGGGAAAAUCAAGCGCAAGGUUGUCAAGCAAACAGUCAUGACCAACGUGUACGGCGUCACUUUUAUGGGUGCCAAGGCACAAGUCAAGAAGCAAUUGGACGCCUUGUAUCCCAACAUCAAGGAGGAGACCGGCAUCGAUCCGAUGUACUUGGCAUCAUACGUCGCCGCCAAGAUCUUCAAAGCAAUGUCGACAAUGUUCAAAGGAGCGCAUGAUAUUCAGUAUUGGUUGGGCGAAAUCGGCAGCAGGGUUUGUCGCGCCCUCACCCCGGACCAGAUGUCACGGUUGUCCGAGGAAAUGAUGAGAUCAUCAAAACAAAAAGAGAAGGCCGCCAAGACACUGGGGACCACCGGCAACCCCGAAUACGAUGAGGUCUUGACGACUUACAACAAGGCAUCAUCAUCUGAGCUACUGAGCCAGUUCAGAUCGACCAUUAUCUGGACUACUCCGCUUCGUAUGCCCGUCGUCCAGCCCUACAGGAAGGAUGGACGAAAAAUCAUCAAGACAAACUUUCAAGAGUUGAUCCUCAAGAACACAGAGCCUUGGGACCCGGUGCAUAAACAGAAACAGCUGCAGGCCUUCCCUCCCAACUUUGUGCACUCUCUCGAUGCUAGCCACAUGAUGCUGUCGGCCCUUGAAUGCGAUGCCAACGGGCUCACCUUCGCUGCGGUCCACGACUCCUUCUGGACGCAUCCGUGUGAUAUACAGAAAAUGAGCAACAUCCUGCGCGACGCCUUCGUCAGGAUUCACGAAGAGGACGUCAUUGGUCGUCUAGCCGAUGAAUUCAAGGCUCGAUACAAGGGAUCUUUGACCCUAGUGAAGGUGGACGUCUCAAGCGAUGCCGCUCAAGCUAUUGUGGCGUGGCGCAAGAAAUACCCAAAAAUCACCUUUUCGGAUGAGAUGUUCUUGGAGAAGCGAAGGCUCGAACUUUUGGCAUCAGAAGAGGCCGCCGAGCGGGAAAAGGGCAAGGCGCUCGAGACACCGGCCUCGAUUUACGAGCGGCUCUCCAAGGGUAGUGAAGAGCUUGUCGACGCAGAAGACGUUCCAACCCCCUUGUCAGCGAUCCCCAAAACAGCCCAACAGCUGGUCGACGGCAAAAAAGCAGUGAAAGAUGAUGCGGUCCUUGGAGAGCAAGAGUCGAUGCAGGAUCAGGAGCUUGACGAAGAGUUUGAUUGUGAGGAGGCAGAGGAUGCAGAGGAGGCAGAGGAGGCAGCCGAUGACAAUAUAGACGCACCUGCCGAAGACUUGAGCGGAACAGAGAAGCGGGAGUCGACAGGGACUUCUGUGCCAAACAAAUCAUUUGCUUCCACGAUAGCUGCCACGAAGCCCAAAACCGUCACUGCGCCACGCAAAAAAAUCAUCUCGAUCUGGGCACCAAUGUCAUUCCCAGAUAUCCCUCAAAAGGGUGAUUUUGACGUGACGCGACUCAAGUCGAGCAAAUAUUUCUUCUCCUGAUUCCUUCUUCCAUUCUCGGUCACGUCCGUCCGGAUCGAGUGCACAUCAACAUACUCGGAUCUCGGCUGCCACCGGCUCAUAAUCUCUUCGCAUACAUAAAAUCUGCUGCAUGUUUUGUGUCAUUUAUUGUCUGUAAGCAGGCGUUAGGUGGUUCUUACUUGUUUUCUUCUUCUUUUUUGGUUUCAAGCAUAUUUCCUUUUCCCUAUUGGCUGGUUGACUGCCACCAGGUCCAAUGUAUAAAUGCAGUUCAGCUUGUUUUUCUGCUGGUUUUCUUCAGAAGACAAUGGAGCCGCACGUUACAAAAAUCAUAGGUUGGAGUUGUAUGAGGUUUUUGUUUUCAAAAGAAUAAUUUCCUUUUUUUGUCAUAUUUCCCGCCCAACCUGGCACUUUAUGCCUUGGGUUCUUCAAACUUUCUGUAUUUUAUUGGUGCUGUCUUUGGGCACCCUGGGGCGAGUUGAAGGAGAAUCGGGAGCCUGUUUACCCGAGACUCGGCUUACUGCUUCACGUGGUUGAGGUUGAAGCGGAACUGGGCCACAGAAAGCCUCCUGCUAAGUCUCUUUAGAGAUAGAGGGGAUGUACAACAACACUACGGUAUAUAUUGGUAUAGAGAUAUC